AUGUACCUGAGGGUGACAAAUGACGCUGAUACCGACCCAGCGGCCAAUUCGCCCCGGGUGUCGAGCAGCCGUCGCGCAUCGCCAGGCCAAUCGCUCCAAAGCUGCCCCGUCUCGACGCUGUUGGGGCCACCGGAGCAAAGCGACAUCUGCGCCAGCACCUGCACAGGCACCAGCACAGGCCUCAGGAACGACGACGGCGACGACGGCAACGGCAACGACGACGUCAGUGCCAACAGCAGCACCAUCAAGAGCAGCCGCACUAAGCGCAGUGCUACAGACUCGAGAAUUGCGGGUGAUACUGCCGGUGGCAAGAGUAGCAGCAGUAAUAGCAGUAGCAGCGGCGGCGGCGGCGACGGCGACGGCGACGUUCGAUGUGGCACUGGAGUCCGCGUGGUGUUGAGCAAUGGCAUGAGCAUGUCACCGCCAGUCAUGGAUGGAUAUGCAACCCGCCUGCAAGAGGGCGGUAGUAGCGAUAGCGAGGACCAGGCCCUGCCGCAGCGGCAGCAACAACGACAGGGCCAGGAUCAGAGCCUAGCCCAGAGUCGGCAUCCCCCCCAGGGCCAGAUGCAGCAGAAGCACCAGCACCAGCGACAGCGACCCCAGGCCCCUCUGGAAUUUCACCGGAUCAACUUGGAGCGGCUCAGCGCUUCGAAUCUCAGGUCUUCUUUUAGGGUCAAUGCCAACCCGAGACCUGGUCGUUCCAUCACACCUGACCUCCUCCAAGGUCAAGGUGGUGCUGCGAGCGCUGCUCUUUCUGACUCUGCCAUGGCCCACACAUCCCGUAGCAUUGGCUCUCAACAGGGCUCGCCUAG